GGAACAAAUAUAGGUGGCACAGCCCCACCAGCGACGGAGCACCUUCUGGUUUGUGCGGAGAUGGCCCUGGGACUGCAGCUUCGGCGGCAGGUGCUGGCUGGACUCCUGCUCUGUCUGUGCGCCGGGCGAUGGGCUGAGGCUGGGAAGGUGCUGGUGGUCCCCAUGGAGGGCAGCCACUGGCUCAGCAUGCGGGAGGCCGUGCGGGAGCUCCAUGCCAGAGGUCACCAGGCAGUGGUCGUUGCUCCGGAGGUGAAUAUGCACAUCAAGGCAGAGGACUUUUUCACCAUGAAAACCUACGAUAUUCCCUACACACAGGACAAAUUUGAUUCCCUCAUGAAGACUCAUGUACAUAUGAUUUUUGAAACAGUACAUUGGGUAACGAUGUUUUUGAAAACUAUGGCAUCUUUGAAAAAUGUGUCUUUACUCUUUGAAAGGUCUUGUGAGGGGCUGCUGUAUAAUAAGGAUCUAAUCAGGCACCUGAAUGCCAGUUCCUUUGAUGUGCUUUUAACGGACCCUGUUCACCCCUGCGGAGCAGUGCUGGCUAAGUACCUGUCCAUUCCUGCUGUGUUUUUCUUGCGUUCAGUUCCCUGUGACUUAGAUGUUGAGGGCACAGCAUGCCCCAACCCUUUCUCUUAUGUUCCUCGGUUAUUAACAAGGAAUCCAGACCACAUGACAUUCUUCCAAAGGGUCAAGAACAUGCUCUACCCUCUGGCCCUGAAGUACAUUUGCCAGGUUACCUUCACUCCUUAUGAACGUAUGGCCUCUGAGCUUCUUCAGAGAGAGGUGUCGCUGGUGGAGAUUCUUGCCUCUGGAUCUGUGUGGCUGUUCAGAGGAGACUUUGUGAUGGACUACCCGCGGCCGAUCAUGCCCAACAUGGUGUUCAUUGGGGGCAUCAACUGUGCCAACAGGAAACCUUUAUCUCAGGUAUGUACUGCUGCUUUUGUUCAAUCAGUGCUCCUAGUGGAGCACAAUCUUUGAAUUAAAAAAUGUUUU